UUGGAGCCUGGUGGAAUAUUGUGAUGGCAGCUCAGAUGACUGAUGCUCAUCGACGCUUCUUGCAGGUCCUGAUGUCUCAUGGGAUAAUGGAAGGAUCAGAGGCUAGGAAAUUGCACAGGCGCUGCUGUGAAAUCCAUAAAGUCUACUACGCACAUGAUAAACUGGAUGAUUUCAUCAGUACUAUUAACAGCCAUCUACAGCCUUUGUUCAUGCAGAUCCGGAAAGGAAUGUCGGAAGGCGAUGGGCGAGCACAUUAUGCUCUAGUGAAUUUGGCAGAAACUGAAAUAACUAAAAUGGCAUCUGACUAUACGGAAAAUGAAUUAGAAUUAUUCAGAAAAACAAUGGACCUAAUAAUUUUAUCAGAAAAUGGCUUUGCCUCUUCUACAGAUAUUUUAAAUUUGGCUGACCAACUUAAGACAAAAAAAAUGAAGAAAAAGGAAGCAGAACAAGUUCUGAAACUUUUCGUGGAGGAUAAGUGGCUCUCUGAGAGAAAUGGAGAAUACACUCUGCAUACUCGCUGCAUAAUUGAGAUGGAACAGUACAUUCUCAGCAACUACCAAGAUGCAGCAAGGAAGUGCAACAUCUGUCACAGCCUUGCCAUCCAGAGCCAAGUAUGUGAAUCCUGUGGAAUUGGAAUGCAUUUACCUUGUGUCAGGAAGUACUUUAGAGCUCAGACUGAACCACGCUGUCCGCAGUGUAAUGAUUUCUGGUCUUGUGACAUUCCAGGUAUGAGCCGGAUAGACUCCCCGUCACCAUCAAAAACAGGGAGAGCAGAGAAGAGCUUCCUUCUCAGCACUAGAUGA